AUGACAAGAUGCAGCGGGGUGGCAAAAUCAAAGAUAUUUCUGGUUAGGGAAGCUAAGAGAGUGGAUCAUCAACGUCAAUUCAGCAAGAUGAAGGGAGCUGCAGAGAAAAUUUCAAGCAGAAAUGAGAGUGACAGUGAGGAGACUGGUAGUGGCAGCCCAUCAUGGAGGUGCAACUGGGUUCCACAUCCAACAACAGGAAUAUAUGUUCCCAAAGGGCAUGAAGGGGUGAUGGAUGAUGUCCCCAAGGAAGCUGCUUCUCUCAACAAGACUUUCUGGCUCCGGAACGUCGACGGAGUACUGGAGAAACCCGACCCGGACACUUCUCCGGAUCAUUACUAUCAGUACAUGCAUAUCGCAUCGGAGCUUUUCUACAACCGGAGGUCUCGCUACAACAGCCGAACCGCCACCCACGAUCUAGGGUUCGAUUCUCUCCCUCCUCCUCUUCCCGAUCGAAACCACAAUCACAACCGUCGCCAUCACAAUCACCAUGAAUCCGACGGCUGCGAUCCUCUCCUCCGCAGAACCCCUCGCCAUCUCCGCCACCGAUCCUCUCUUCCGGAGCGAGCCGCAAUUGGGGCUGAGCAAGGUGGGGGCCACUCGAGUUCGGGAAAUGGGGCCGGUGCAAGCAGUCCCGGGUUGAGCGGGAACGAGAGGCUUCCUGGGUCUGUUUUGCUCGCUAGGGAAAGGCUUCUUGAGAGGCUGAGAGGGAUGCCUCCUUCACAAACCAGGCAUCGUAGAGCAUUGAACGUUUAUGGAAGUGGGCUAGUGCAUGGUGAUGAAUCAAGUCCCCUUGAUGUAAGGGAUUGGGGUACUGAAAUUUUGACUAGUCGGUCAGCCGGUGUCUAUCCUUCCACUAACUUGGGCUCCCAAAUUGAAAGGCAGCAACUCUUGCAAGAAGCAAACAAGAAGCCUCCGGGUCUCACUCAAGAGGUCCUUGAUUGUCUGAGCCCUGAGCUUUUCAGCAGCUCAGAAAUGGAUGUUGAUGGGUUGGUUUUAAGAGCAUCCCGAGAUUGUAGUAUCUGCCUGGAGAGCUUCCUGGAUGGAGAUGAGCUUAUAAACUUGCCUUGUGCGCAUAGAUUCCAUGCUGUCUGCUUGGGUCCCUGGGUUCGAAUUCGAGGGGACUGCCCAUAUUGCCGAAGAGUUAUAGUUGUAAAUAGUCACACUGAUAAAAGGACCGCAUAG